CUUUAUUAGUGGUUAAUAGAGCUCACGGGCGGCCUGACAAGAUUUAUCUCCGAUGUACCUAAACGCAUCAUGUCAACACCCAUAGCAACGCCCUUCAGGGUUGGUCAAGACCAAAUCCAAUAACGGUGCAGUACGGAGCAUGUCCACUGCACUGCUCCUACCUUAAUGUUGUGACUACAUUGAGAUGUUUUGGGUCAGUUAAGUCUCGAAAACAAUAAACUGGUCGGCGACGGUUUACACUAGACUGGGGUUUCGUGUUUUGAAUCACGGAAGAUGAUGUUUGUGUGGUUGUUGCUGGGUGCCUUUGUUUGCAUGGGCCAAUCACAGGUCAUUUAUCAGCAAUAUGGGAGCAUUUACAACCUUUGGACGCUCAGAAGGACUCACUUCAUCGAGUUCAACCCCAAAAACAGCUCAGAUGUGAGGACCUUGUGGAAAUCAGGAGACCCUGAAAUCAGCGAGGACAAGAAGUAUGUAAGGACGUACGUCUCCUAUGUGAUGAAGAAUUUAACUCCGAGAGACAGUGGUCACUACAUCCUGAGAGACAAAGAUAUGAGAGAAUUGACCACUCAUACCCUUGAGGUAGAAGCCAUCACAAAAGACUUUAAACGGCAACCUGGUGAACGCCUCAGCUUUACUAUUGCUCUGGAACCGAGCUCCUGCAACAUUUACUUCUUCCCAGAAAGCAACGGUCAGCCAUUAACUAUUGACAUUGUUCGUCAAGGCAAACUGCAGGGGGGACUGGAUCAGUAUAAAUGCGUAGGGUUUGAGCUGUACGGGUCAUGUGGAAUUUUAAAUAAGGCCCUCCAAAUGGCAUGCAGAGGACGCUUUGAGGUCAGAGAUCAGAAUGGCGACACGGCCUUAAAGGUGUCACUGGAAAUGAGUCCAUCUACAGAGACCCAUGAACGGAAAUCUGGUGAAUUCCUCAGCGUCAGUUUUGAUCUGAAACAAGGCUCCUGCAAUGUUUUCUUCUUCCCAGAAAGGACAGGUGAAAAGAGAGAAGUGAUGGUUGAGAUUGUACGUCACGGCUGGAUGCAGCCUGUUUCGGAUGAAUAUGGUUGCCGAGGGUUUGACCUGUUAAAGCCAUGUGGGAUUGUAAAUGAGGCCCUCCAGUCAUCAUGCAGCGGACACUUCGAGAUCAGAGAUCAUAAUGGCGACACGGCCUUUGAGAUGUCACUGGCAGUGGAGUCCGAACCUUAUGUGCCAUCUGACUGGGCUUUUGGUGCUGGUGUAGCCCUCACCUCGCUUUUCUUCUGCUGUGUGAGGUACUGCUGCUGUGGGGGGAGCCCUGCCAAAGAGGACGGUCCUGAGACUGAUGCUGCUGAACCUGCUAAGCAUUACCAAGAGAAUGACAGUGAGCCUUCUAGAUGGAGGCCACACUACCUCAGUCAGCCCUCUGAGACACCAAAACUAGUCUUCUCACAGCGUAGUCUGACUCGCCCACUGAUAAACCAGCCUUCUACAGCGAAUGUGCCGCCAGCUUCUCCUCAGAUAAACCAGCCUUCUACAGCGAAUGUGCCGCCAGCUUCUCCGCAGAUAAACCAGCCUUCUACAGUGAAUGUGCCGCCAGCUUCUCCUCAGGUUUCAGCUCCGGACCCUCCAACUGUCCCUGUCAACUAUGACCCUGCUCUACGUUUCGAACUAAAGAUGAAAAUUCCCUCUGCUCUCACUUCAGAAUCACCUUACUCUGGUGUGUAUAUCUCAGACAAAUUCAACUUCCGCUAAAGCCUUGGUAUUGAAGGAUGCAUCAAAAGUAUUGAAUGCAUUCAUUAGUGUGACUUCAAACAUUUUGGGAAAUAUACUGCUGCUGGUUGCCUGGCAACAGGUUCCAGGCAAGAAGCAGUCAAGCCCAAAACCCCUCUGCAAAAGAUCGUUUUUACUCUUCUUUUAAAGGGAUAGUUCGACAUU